GCAUCCUGGCUCCAGUCCUGGAAAGAAAUCGUGCUCACUUCGGGCUCUGCUGUGCACCGCUUGCCAGACUGGAUCUUGCUGCUCGUCAAGAUACUUUUCAGAACCAUCAAUCGACGAGGCAAUGGGCGAUUGAGCGUGGCGGAGCUCCGAGAUUUCUACUCAUGCUUCCUAGGUGUCGCUCCAAGCGCUGCGCAUAAGAUGGCCAAGCAGGGAUAUCUGUCUAUGACCGGGGAUGGUCAGUACGUGUUGGACUUGGACAGUUUCCUGCUCGUAUUCGCCAAUUUCUUGUUCGGUCGGUCGGACGCCAUGGGUGAUGGUCAGUACGUGUUGGACUUGGACAGUUUCCUGCUCGUAUUCGCCAAUUUCUUGUUCGGUCGGUCGGACGCCAUGGGACCCGGGAGAUACAUCAUGCCGUGCUGUUUGGAGGAGGACAAGCCAUUCCGCAUCACCCCCGCGCCACAAACCCCCGAACGCAAGCCCAAGUUCGACCCGCUCAAUGACCCCGAUUUGCGUCAUUAAGACGACGUAAGGUGUUUUUUUUUUAUUUUAGCGAAAAAGUACGUCUUUUCUUUUGGUCUUUUUUUUUAUGCUUGGCACCCACUUUAGCUUCAUCCCUCGCCUAAAGUACUCAGCAGAAGGUCAAAGAACAUUUGUCCAACUUGAAUCGUGCUACGUUUGUAAGAAUGGCCAGUAAUUUUUCGAAUCCAAUCUAGUCGUUGUCGUGUUCUGCCCAACGUGUUCGCGGAUAAUCAAUCAACACGUAGACAUGGUGCAUAUUUAUUUUUUGCGAGAAUUAGCAAGAAAUGUUGAGUAUAUUACAUUCCGAAUUUAAACAAAAACUCGACCUUUCAAUCAAGUAUUAGAAAAAUCCUCAAAUAAAAUAAAUGGAAAAUUUGAGUGCCUUACCAUAGGAAUGUAUAUGCAUGCGGAAUGAGACCAACUGUCCUCUGUGAAAUUUGUCCAUUUUUAGGAUGUGCGCAAAGUUACCAGUCAGGCAAAAUUUGACGUGAAAUUGACAAGCGCGUAACAGUCAUACGUGUGUACAAUUUUUUCCUUAGCGAAAGUCGGAAUUUUCCUCCAGGGUAGAAAACCCAAGUAGAAACUAAUCUUCAGACGACGGUAAUGUAAUGGGUAGUACACUAAAAAUUCUCCAUAGAGGGUCUUCUACAAUGUGGAAACAUAACUUUUCUAUAUAUUGACUUUAGAUGUUUUUCGGAAUUAAUGUUAACUUACGAAUUAAUUUCGUUCAAUAAAAAUUAACCUGCGAUGUGAAGCAUGAAAACAUUUGAAUCAUUUCAUUCCGAAAAACCGACUGUACAGAAAACGUUUUUUGGAACCAAAAAAGAUUUUGUAGCAAUUUCAAAAUUAGUUCGUCUUUCAAAUAGCUGCGAAUGUUCUCGAAAAAAGUUUUAUGAAAAACUCCAACUUUUCAACGAUUAUUCAAGUGAAUCAAAAUUGAACACUAGUACAGGAAAAUACCCUUGCCGAUUAAACUUAGUUCAUCCGCAAGAAGUUCUUCAAAAAUGAUUAAUUUUGAUAAAAUAAAAGAACUGAUCAAAAUUAUGUUCUGCAAAUUAGUACUUUAUGUUACCAAUUAUUCCUAAAAAAAAGUGAAUGCAAAAGUUGUUCCAAAAACCAUUGUGGCAGGCCCUGCGCAGGAACUUAAUUUUAUACUUCGUACAUUCACUUUAUUAUUGACGUUGUUUUGUUGCCAAGUAAUUAUUUGGAUAAAAAAUAAUUUCGAAUAAUUAAUGUAGUGAAAACGCCUAUGGAUUAUUUAGUAAGAUCUACAUGUUUUUCUGUGAACUGCUCGAAUAUUUCUGCCGAAGUGUGACAAUUUAAAAAGUACGUUUUACGAUUAUGAUAAAUAAUGGAAUGUAUACAGGACCAGGCUCAUUCAAAGAUUGAAUUGAAAACGGAAAUAAAAUUUUGGCUCAAUCUUUCGAAUCGAUGUUCUUAUUUGUAAAAAAAAAAAAACUGAACAGGAC